UGUAGCGGGUGGGGCUCAUGGGCGGGGUCUUCUGAAGCGCGCCCUUGGCGGCUCGGGCCCCUGGCGCCGGUUGCUGGUCCUCUCCCGGGCUUUUCUGGGCCACCGUCUGCUGCUAGCCUGGUGGCUCCUUCGGUGCUCGGCCUCCUCGCGCCAUCGCCGGCUUGAGCUUCGUCUUGUCCGCCUGACGAAGCCGAGCGGGCCCGGAACAUGGCGGUGUCGGGUCUGGAUCAUCUCAAAAAUGACUACCGAAGAAGAUUUUGCCGGCCUUCCAGGGCACCUGGCAUUAAUACUGAGCAAAGCCAGAACAUGCUGGAAAUCUUACAAAACUGUUUUGAAGAAAAAAGUCUCACUGAUGUCACAAAUUCUCCAGAAUCAGUGCUUUAUUCAACACUCAAAAUAAAAAACAGUUUUAUUCAGUCACCAAGCAAAGAUUGCCAGAUAUCAUUUCCAGUUUCAUCGAGGAAGUCGUUGCCAUUUUCAUCGAGGAAGAAAGCCUCUCUGCAAGGUGUUAUAGAGCCAAGUGAAGCUGCCAGCAGAUCAGUUCAGGUUCAUGAAAUUAAUCAGAAAGUUCCAGAAGCUGACGUUGGUUCUAAGAGUACACCUGACUUGGGAAAAAAGUCAGAUAAAAAAACAAAUGGUCUUUGUGCGGAAACAGAUGAAGAAUUUUACAUAUCAGUUGGCUCGCCCAGUGUUCUUUUGCAUGGAAAACCAUCUGAAUCACAAAAUGCUAUUUCUUCUGCCCAAAAGAGAGAAACUCACACUUCUGGAAAUAUACUGUCUUCAGGUACAGAGAUUUCUCUUAAAAUCAGAAAAAGGUUAAACUUUGAAGAUAAAGAUACUUUCAGAAAAGUAGAGAGAGAAACUGACAAGUCAAAAGUAGAGAAUAAAAUAUUAGGACAAGAAGAAAAGAAAGUAUCAGAAACAUCUUCAAAAAGACUACAAGAUACAGAAUAUGAAAUUAAAUCACAAGCUAAAAAAAGUUUUUCAACAUUGUUUUUAGAGACUAUAAAGAGAAAUAAUGAAUCCAGUUCUGUUGUUAGGCAUACAUCAACUGCUCCAUCUCAUUCAUCACCUCCAAGUGAUACAAAGUUGUUAGAAGAUGAAUUUAUAAUUGAUAAGUCAGAUAGAAGUUUUACCAAUCAAUCUUGGAUUACAAUACCAAGAAAGGGUAGAUCUUGGAACCAACAUACAGUAUCCUCUACUGGGAGUGCUGCCAUUCUUCAAGGUAAGAAGGCAAGAGAACAUCAGAGUGUAUCGCCCGUGACUCUGACAGGUGACAAAUAUUUACACAAAACUCACCCAGAAGAGAAAUCUGAGCCUUCUUGUGAACAAAAGCGAAGUAUAAAUUGCACUGUGAUAGAUAAAUUGGAAAAUAGUCAUAGAUCUAUAAAAAUGUAUUCUGAGAAAGCUGAAAGAAAAAAAGGAAAGAGGAAGAACAAAACAGCAAAGCAAGAACAGAAAAAAAAAUUUAAGACCAACGUAGUUGAAGAACAGCUUGAUACAGGACAGUCUGAAGAAGAAAAUAUAUCAGAUAUUACCCAAGACAAGAUACCAAGAAAUUCAGAAAGAACUAUUGAAGAUUGUGAGAAGAUGAGAAAUGAUCACAGUGCCACAAAAGGGAUGCCUCCUGUGGAAAAUAUGAAAACAAAAUGUAGAACCAAAAAAGAUAGGAAAGAAUCCAGAAAGAAGCAUUUUUCCAGUGAGUCUAAGCGGAAAAAACUUGAACCUGAAGAAACAACUUCCUUUGUCACAAGAAGUCACAGAGUUUCCAGGCGUCCAUCUGAUUGGUGGGUGGUACAUUCAGAGGAAAGUCCUGUUCAUAGCAAUUCACCCAGAAAUGAUGUAUCAUUGUAUCACAGCAGUAGACAAAAACUUGCUGAGAAAACAAAUCAGUCAUCUAAGAAGAAAACUGUUCAAUCAAAAAAGCAGAAGGCAUCUACUCAAGGCAACUCAAGAGUACAACAGUUUUCAAAUGUUAAAGGUUCUGGAGGUAUUACUGACCAUGAAGUUUCCAGUUGUCCCCAGAAUGAGCCAAUGGAAAGUAGUGAGGCAGACCUGACUACGGAAAAAAAUCUUGAUAGUUCCAGUGAUAGAACAACCAAACACUCCAAAGAUCGAGGUGGUGUUAUGUGCACACAGAAUGUUCACCUACAGUCUCAGACCAACGAAGAAGAUACAUGUGCGGCACCAACAGAGUCUAAUUUGGAUUCUGGAGAGCAUAAAACUUCAGUUUUGGAAGAAAGUGGACCUUGUAGGCUGAAGAAUUAUUUAAAGUCUCGAAAAAAUAUUUCUGAUAUGAAUAAUGAGGUUCAGGAAAGUUUAGAUAACUUAAGAGUUGAAAGAUUUGAAGUGGCACCCUGGAAUAAAGUUAAAAUGCAUCACAAAUUAGUGUUACCGUCCAACACACCAGGUGUUCGCAGGACCAAGAGAAUACGUUCAAAACCUUUGGAAUACUGGCGAGGGGAGCGAGUAGAUUAUCACGAAACAGCAUCAGGAGGAUUUGUGAUUGGUGGAAUACUAUCCCCAAAAACAGUAACGACUGAAAGGAAGGCAAGAGAAAAUGUGGGAAAAGUCAACAAAAUAGAAGAUAGGAAAAGGAUCUGUCUCGAUAACAUGGAAAGAAAAAGUGAAUUAGUGCUUAAUUUGGAUAUACCCGUAGGAGAUCCUUUCCAGCCAACGCAAGUAAAGGACCCAGAAACAAAAAAAGUUAUUCUCAUGGAUCUUAUAAGGCCACGAGAUACGUACCAAUUUUUUGUUUCACAUGGUGAGUUGAAAGUAUAUAAAACAUUGGAUACACCAUUUUUUUCUACUGGAAAGUUGAUACUAGGACCCUAUGAAGAAAAGGGAAGGCAACAUGUCGGUGAAGAUACACUGGUUUUUUAUGUUAAUGUUGGUGACCUUCUAUGUACCUUACAUGAAACAUCUUAUAUAAUAAAGACUGGGGAUUCCUUCUAUGUUCCUUCAGGUAAUUAUUACAACAUCAGAAAUCUCCUGAAUGAGGAAAGUGUACUUCUUUUUACUCAAAUAAAGAGAUGAAACGACGAGGCAAGGUUGAAUAGAGGUGUGUGGGUGGAUAUAUACACACACACUCACUGUACAUAAAACAGAUUGUAUGAUUGGGACAUUUACUUUUGUAACUAAGCAAUAUUUUUGAAUAAAAAUUAUGUCCAGUUUCUGUGGAACUUGUAUAUUUAUUUUUUAUAACUAUAGUGGAUUUGUUGCAUGUAGUGUUACAUUUUAAGAAAUAAGUGCAUAUACCUAACAUACUGUGUCUUUUUAAAUUUUUAAAUUUUUUUUUGUUAUAGGGGAUUGAACUUGUGACCUCACACUUGCCAGGCAGGCACUUAAGCCACUGAACUAAAUGUCCCGCCCUCAUAGUGCAUCUUGAUUCUUUGUUUUCUUUUUGGUUUUUUUGAAACAUGAUGUUGCUACAUAGUUCAGGCUGGCUUUGAACUAUAGUGAUCCUCCUCCUGUCUGAGCUUUCCAGUCUUGAUUCUUUUAUUCUCUUUUCCCUUCCUAGCUCUGUCUUUAGAUUUCUCUUCAUUUUCUUUAUUAUUCUUUUUAGUUUAUGUUUGUAAUAUGUGAUGGUUACAUUUGUUAUGGGUACAUGACACAUCUUACAUCUUUUUUGUUCCUUUUCCCUAUCCUCUAGUUCUCUGUCCAAGGUGUAGCUAGCAGUUUUUUUUUUCAUAUUCUGUAGAUUGUCUCUUUGUACUGUUUGGUUGUUUCCUUUGCUUUGCAGAGGAUAAUUUGAUAUGAUUUUAUUUGUUGGUUGUUGGUAUUAUUUCUUAGGUCAUUGGGUUCUGUCCACAAAGUCUUUGACUAAACCUAUGAGUUCAAGACCUUUACCCACUUUAUCUUUUGGUAGACUGUUUCUGUUUUAAAAUUUAGAUUAUUGAUUCAUUUUGAUUUUAGUGGAAUACAUGGUGAAGGACAUGAAUCUAGCUUCAGUCUUCUGCAUGUAGAUAGCCAGUUUUCCUACCACGAUUUUGAAGAGGCUGUCUUUCCUCCGACAUGUGUUUUUGACCCCUUUGUCAGUGACCAAAUAGCUAAGUAUGUCUGUGGUUGUUUCUUCAUCUUCUGUUCUGUUUCCUUGGUCUACAUAUCUGUUUCAGUGCCAGUACUGACCUGUGUUUAUCACUGUAGUCAUGCAGAUAGUGAUACCUACUGUUUUCACUCUUGUUGGCUAGGAUUGCUUUUGCUCCUGGGUCUCUACUGGUUCCAUUUAAUUGUCUCAUCUUGUCUCCUCUUUUUAGCCAGGAUCUUGGUAUAUAAUUCAAGCUAGCAUUGAACUCACAGCAAACCUUUUGCCUAAGCCAUGCUAGUGCUAGGAUUAUAGAUGUGCAUUACCACAUUCUUUGCUUCUGUCUUCUCAGUAGACAUCUGGGAUUUUGACUAAGAUAUGUCUUGGGGAGCCUCUUUUCAGCAUUGUUAGUUGGAAUUCUGUAAGCCUCACUUAUCUGCAUGUUGCAAUCUUUUCCAUACGUGGAAAGUUGUGUAUUAUGAUUUCUCUAAACAGACUUUUUUAUUCCAUGGUGCUGUCUUUUAGUUUUUCUGUAACUCCAGUUAACCUUUAGUUUGGAGGAAGGUUCAGAGGUUGAUGACUCAGCAGAAAAGGGUUACCUGAAGAGGGUAGAUAAGAAGAUACUUGCUCUGGAGGUUUUUUUUUUUUGUUUUUUUUUUUUUAAGAGCAGAGAUAUUUAUUGAGAGAGAAAAAAGCUUCUGUCUGAGGGGAGAGAAGAAGUGUUCCCGAGAGGAUUGCCUGGAGUGUUCUUUUUUUAAUCUUAGUUUUAGCUUAGUGUUAGUGGAUGGGAGAGGAUCCCAAGAGUUAAAAAGUCUCAAAAGGAUGAUAUCAUAAUCCCAAACCUUCAUUUUUCUCUUGGGGAAGUAAGCAAAAUUACCCAUUAUGAAUUUGUGGUCCCCAACAGCUUUGUAGUUCAGGCUGGCUUUGAACUCACCAUGUUAGUCAGGCAGCCGUCUUACAUAGCCCUCCUAAGUGGGAUUAUAGUUAUGUACCACCAUGACUGCCACUAUACUUAGAAGUUCUUGGGAAGAUUUUUUUGUCUCUUUUCCCAUGUUUCUCUCUCUGUCUGUCUGUCUCUCCAUCUCUUAGUCUCUUUGUUUUUGUUUUUUAUUUUUUGUGUUGGUCAAAGUAGAGUGAAGAGAAAUGUCAGUUGAUGUGAAGAUCUUUUUAGUUAUAUUUUGCCUUUUAGUAAUGUGUUCAUGGCUUUUUAUUUUUGUACAAAGAUACUGUUCACCCCUUCACCUGUUUAAUUUUACUUUGACCCUGUCACUGGGUUGUGAUAAGAGCAUUGCUACUGGUUAAAACAACAUCAACAGAUGUAAUCAUAUAUUGCUUACAUGUGUUCAACCAUUUUUUACACAUGCACCCUUUCCCCAUCCUCUUUACAGUCUGUAUCAGUGAUGGUGAACCUUUUUGAUACAAGUACCCAAACUGCAACCAAAAACCCAUUUAUUUAUCAUAAAGUGCCAACACUGGAGUUAAACCUGAAUACUGAGGUUUUAGCUUGGAAACAAUUUAUACAUCAACAUCUUUUGUCUUAGAAAAACAACAUGUAUGCCAUAGGUUUACCACCACUAGUCUAUACUGUACUGCUUUUAGCAGUGACUCAGAUAUGGAAGGAGAAGGUGAGGGAAGGAUGAAAGAGGGCUGACAGUCAUGAGGAAGAGAGGUAGGUAGGAGCAGUGAUAGUUGGAGGCCUUUUAUAUUUGGAGUACAGGGGAGUGUUGAGGACUUUGAUAUUUGUGAGGCUGGGAUGAAGGUGGGGGUAUAAUUUGGACUGAGGAAAGCUGUUUUGGUGGUUGGAACCUGUGGAUGUAUUUGUGCACUGUAAGGUAAGGGAGGGGCAGUGAAGGGCAAGGGGUCUAGGUAAAGUAAGAAAACACUAAAGAAUAGGAAAUAGAGGGCAGAAAGUUAAUAUGAGAGAAGAUAGGAAAGACUGAAAGAACUGUAUAGGAGAAAACACUGAAUUUAAAAGCGAAAGAAACUAGCAAAAAAUAAUACUAAUACAGAAGCAAGAAUUAGAGAAAAGGAUUAGAAAGAAAAUAACUAUCAAAGCAUAAAAGACGAAAAUAAAAAAACAAAACUCCAGUGGGAACCCAGAUCAAACACUCCAUCAAAAAAACAAACUUGCAGUUCCCACUUGUCUAUUGUCCUGUGAAGCCACGUGUGCACAUGGUCUCUUCCCCCUUCAGGUGGGGUGUGUGUCUGUGCUGCCAGUUUCUCCUCCACCUCUGGUGAGGUGUGUGAGUUUUCUUAAGUCCCACCUUAAUUCUAGUUGUGUUUUGGGUGUUUUUAGCCGUAGUCUUCAGUCUCUCAGGUUGUGGGAUAAGUUUCAAGAAUUGGCCUUUUUAGCCAGCAAACAGAAGCUGCCAUGAUUCUCAGGCAUGGGUUAGGGACCCAUGCUUAUUCCUGAGCAUAAAGAGGAUCACUGUUUAGGAUUUCCUGCUCACACAGGAAAUGGAAAGCUCAGGGAAUGAUUAGUCCCACCCUACCCACUUGUCAAUAUCCAUGGUGGGACCCUGUGAGUGGGUGGGCACCCUCAUUCUCCUCUUUCUACUUGAGUUGGGGAGGCCUUCCCUUGCCCACUGUUUAGCUUUUGAUCAAGCACCUGAGUGCAUACUGCAGGGAUAUAGUGUCCCUAGUGUUUUGGAGUGGUGGAGGUAGGGAGAGAGGGACAACAAACGCAGCCUAUCCCAGAGCCUGGCCUUUGCAGUGCCAGUUCAUUCCAUCAGGCUAUUAGGCACACUUGUGGCUGCUCCUAAUGGAAGCAGGGGUGGGGCUGGUGCAGGUCAGCUGUACAGGCACCAUUUCCCCUUUCAGGGAUCCAGAUAAUUGGUUUGAUCUACAUGGAUCAUCUUUAGGAUUUGUUUUCUGCUUCAGGGUGUAACUACGUCCACUACAUUAGAGUACCUAUUCUGUGAAUGUCUUGAGUGAUGCUGUGUCUCUGCUAGUCUGCCAUGUGGCAUCUCUCAGACUAUAGAGGUUUCAGUCCAAGGCUGCUUGGCUCUGUCACCUUCAUGCUGUGCUGAGUCAGCACAUCAUGGCCACUAGGGAAAGUGAUAAUGUUUUAAUCAUAUGUAAGGAGUACCAAAAUCACUGCUUCUGCCACAGGCACACAUGCCUUUAUCAGAAGAGAGUUGAUUGUUAGUUCAUCUAAACAGUGUUUUCAAAAUACUAGUUUCGAAUCACUGAUCAUUAGAUGGUAAUAUAGAACUAUGGUAGUUGAAUAUCUGUAUUAGUUUCCUAGAGCUGCUAUAACAAAAUAUUACAAAUUCAAUGACAUAAAGCAGUAGGAAUGUAUUGCCUCAGUUCUGGAGAGUAGAUGUCUUCAUCAAGGUUUUAGACAGUGAUGUUGUGGAAAUGUGUAGAAGAGAUGCUUUGUUUCUAACUUCUGGUGGUUUCCUGGCAAUCUUCAGCAUUCCUUGGCUUUUUACUUACAACACUGCAUUUCCUGGCUUCAUUGUUGGUUGACAUUUUUUGCUCAUGUUUGUGUGUAUAUGAAUCUAUUCAACUACUAUUAAGCACUUUUCCCAUCAGGUGAUUUGCUGCUGGAAGUGGUAUCUUCUAUCGUUGCUUUCUGCACAUAGCCUUCUUCCUCAUUUUAACAUUAAAAGUGAAAUGUUUCAGUAAAUCUGAGCUAACACGUAUUUUUGAUUUUUUUGGUGGGUAUAAAUUCUUGCUAUAAUUACCAUCAACUUUAAGUAAGUUGAUGUUUUAGGGUAAGUUUUCCUGAGGCCAGCAGUUUUUCACUGUCGUUUCAAAUUGUCUUAGUUGCUUUUUUCUGCUGAGACAAAAUACACAACACUCAAAUUUAAGAGAGGAAAGGAUUAUUGUAGGUCACUUUGUAGAGGGUUCGUUUAGUCCAUAGUUAGCUGGCUCUGAGUCAGGGUGGCCUAGCAGCAGGGCAUCCCAGAGGAGAAACAGUUGAUGGCAGGCAGAAGACAGCAAAGCAGUGAAGUAGCAAAGAAGCAGCACUCACACCCAGGGCGGGGCACCAUAAAUCCCACCCAGAGCUGUGCCACGGCUAUCUCCACAGUUUAGUAAUCACAAUCCCAGCAGCACACACUCUAGAUCCAGCCACCUCUGAAGAGCCCCACCUGUGGUCACCUGAGCUUUGGGAGGGACAUCUAGAUAAACCAUAGCAGCAAGUAUGUUUUAAACACUAGUUUGAGAGGUUGAGUUUAGGAGGACUUAAAUAUGAAAUGUAAGGUGUUUCUAAGUGCUUUUUUUUUUUUUUAAUAUCUCCUUUCAUGAAACAUGGAGGAUUAUUUCUUUUUGUGAUUUUUUAAUGUGUUUUCAUAGGGCUAUGUAUAACAUUGGUUUGAUUUCCAUUCAUGUAUAACUGUUUGAUUGUAUUAUAUGUGAAUAAUAUGUAGAUUUCUAUUUUUAGUUCUUAAAGUGGAGGGCUAGUUUAAAACUUUUUGUCAUUUUUAAUUCAGGUGUAUAGAGCUGCAUAAUUCCUUUGUAAAUACUGUUGUCUCAUAAACUUUAUUAUGCUACAUUUUUAUUUAAUUCUAAAAAUGUUCUAAUUUUCUAGUGAUAGUCUUUAUUGACCAGUGAUUUAUUUUGAUGUGUAUAUUUUAAAAAUUCCACUGGAGAAUUCCUGUUAUUUUCCUACAAUUUAAGUAUUUUCUCUUGUAUUGAUGUGUUCAUUCAUGGCUGUUUAGUUAUGCAUUUACAGCACGAAAGCAGCCAUAGACAGUGGGUAAAUGAAUGGGCAAAGUUAUAUGCUGAAAACUUCUUCAUUCAACAUAAUGAACUGGAUUUUUUCUGUAGUUUGCGUUGUGGCCAGAAAACUGAGAUACAAUUUCAGUCUUUGAUACAUUUAAUGAGGUGGUUUGUUCAUGCACAAUGUGAUGUAUCUUGGAGAGUAGUUUGUGUGUAUUGGAAUCACAUGUAUUCUCUUGUGUGGGAUGGAGUACUGUAUGUCUGUUGUAACAGAUUAGUUAACAGUAUUCUAAAUAUUCUGUAUCCUUCAUGGGUUUUUUUUUUUGUGGUUAUUCUAUUACUGGUACAGGAAAAUGAAUACCGUUCAUUCCUGUGGGAAGCCCUGUAAUUGGCUGCCACCUUAUAUCUGCAAGCAGCAGCCACCUUAACCCCCUCUAGGAGUUAAGUUUGGUAGUUAAGCAGCUCCUUGCCUAGCCUGUUUGGCCUAUUCAGGGAUUAUGUUAAUCAGCCCACUUUAUCAGCCUACAUGGGAGAAAUUUGAAUUAACUUAUAACCCUCGGUCUUGCCUCUGUUGCUAAGUUACCUGCUGAUGUCUCAGAACCCAACUCCCUCCUUCCCCAAUACCCUAUAUAUUUGUUAAUCUUUCUUUGAAUAAACAAGACUUGAUCAGAA